AUGUCUACACCAAGUGCAGAGGCGCUGGCACAGCGAAAGCUGCUUCAAGUAGGCACGGAAACAGUCGCCAACCAACAGUCUACAGACUUUCCCGGACACUGGCCAGGCGAGGACAAUGAAUGGGACCUAGAACACUUUAAAGAGAACUUCAAAGUUCAAUUCCACUCCCACAAGCCGUACGACACAUCCUUCUCCCUCGUCUCAAUCGACACUUCGGUCGCCAACGCCAUCCGCCGCAUCCUCAUCGCCGAAAUCCCCUCCCUCGCCAUCGAAGACGUCUUCAUCUACCAAAACACCUCCAUCAUCCAAGACGAAGUCCUCGCCCACCGUCUCGGUCUGAUUCCCCUCUGCGGCUCCUGCGACGGCCUGCGCUGGAUGAAAUGGUUCCACAAAGCCACGGGUCUUGAAGACGGCAGCGGCACACAGUCCGACUACAACACCAUCGUCCUGCGGCUCAAUAAGAAGUGCGAGUGGCAGGAUGGCGGCCUACAGCGAGCCGUAGCCGGCGAAACAGACCCGGACAAACUCUACAUCAACCACAACGUCUACGCGCGCGACAUGAUCUGGGAACCCAUUGGCCGACAAGCACAAAUGUUCCCACCAGGCGCGGAAAUCCGGUCCACCAACCCAGACAUCCUCAUCGCCAAGAUGCGACCGGGCCAGGAAAUCGCCCUCAGCAUGCACGCCCACAAGGGCAUCGGACAAGACCACGCCAAAUUUUCCCCCGUCGCAACCGCCUCGUACCGCCUCCUGCCCACCAUCGACAUCACAGAGCCCAUCACGGGCCCUGACGCCAAGAAAUUCGCCCGCUGCUUUCCCCGCGGCGUCAUCCGGCUCGACACCGUCACGGCCGCCCACAUCGCCCAGGACCCUCGCCUCGCCGGCAAACAGGACGAGUCCCUGGCCGUGGUCGAGGACCCAAUGAACGACACCGUCAGCAGGGAGUGUCUGCGCCACCCAGAGUUCAAGGAUAAAGUCAAGCUCGGGCGUGUGCGCGAUCACUUCAUCUUUCGGAUCGAGAGUACGGGUCAGUGGGAGAGCGACGAGCUGUUUUUGGAAAGUGUAAAGUUGUUGCGGGUCAAGUGCCAGAGGAUUAAGAGGGGGUUGGAUGAGAUGAUGAAGUAG